AUGGCAGCAGCAGCAGCAGCAGCGCCCUGCCUCGUGUCGGCCUUGGAAUUCAAGGAAGUGCCUGAAUCGAACCUCGACCUCUCUCAGCUUGGAAGGAUAGGCUUGGCCGGAAGCUUCAACGGAAUUUCCCUCUACGAAUUCGAAGGCCAAAACGAGUUGCCGCUCAGCACCAAUGGCAGCGAGGCGCUUCUCGCAAGACUACCCAACGGCGCAUUCGCAUCAGUAGCAUCAACCGAUGCCUCGAUCCACGACAUGUGUGCAUCUUUGCUCGACUCAGGGGAGAUGGCGGGAGUGGUAAUAGCCGGUAAUUUUACGAGCGUCGAUGGCACCCCUUCUCAGGGCGUCGCCCUGUUCAACACGACGUCUUCCCAAUUCGUUCCCCUCGACGGCCUGUCGGGACAGGUCAACGCCUUGCUCUGUGACGAGAAGAACAACAUGGUCUACGCUGGCGGCAACUUCCGCCACGCAAACUCGACAACCAACGCCAUCGCUUGGGUCCAUGGCCAAGGGUGGACACCGCUUCCUUUCGCGGGGUUUAACGGCCCAGUCUCCUCCAUUACCAAGGCGUCCAACGAUCACAUCAUCUUUGGAGGAAGCUUCACGGGACUUGGCAACACCAGCACGCCAACCACGCCAGAUGGUCAGAUCAUCAACCUGUCGGGCGCUAACGUCACGGCCGCCUCCAGCAGCCGCACUACCGGCUUCAGCGACCCCCGCAACAUCUUGUGCAAGACAAACGGCGCCGGCGGUGCGGGUAACAGCUGGCUCCUCGAGGAUGGCUCGCCCGGCUUCUGGCGCGCUCAGUUCAGCUUCGGCUUCGAGCCCACCAAGUUGCGCCUGUGGAACACUCGCCAGGAUGGCCGCGGCACCCGGACCUGGCGCUUCACGGCCUUCCCCAUCAACGGUAUCCUCAACAUGACAUACGUCGACCCUGCGACCGGCCAGAAUGCUACAUGCACGAGCGAAUGCCCCUUGAGCAACGACCCGGCUGUUACCUUCCAGGAUUUCCAUUUCAUCAACAACGUCGGCAUGAACGAGUUCCGCAUUGACAUCUCUGAGUUCUAUGGCGCCGGUGGCGGUCUGAAUGGCGUCCAGCUUUUCGGCGAGGACAUCUUCGCGUAUGCCAUCAACGACUUCAACGAGCCUACUUGUGAGGGCCUCGGGAUCCAGACGCCCUCGACGGCCACGGCAACCGGACCUUGGACAGAGUCGCCUUCGUUGCAGAGCAACUCUCGGUAUCUAACAGCCCAGUUCUCAGCCGACAACAUUUCUGACAGCUCCGUCGCGGUUGUCUUCUUCCCGAACAUUGAGGAAUCUGGCAAUUACUCAGUUGAGAUGUACACACCCGGCUGCAUUCAAGACGACACUUGCACGUCGAGGGGCCAGGUCAACGUUACGGGCGACAUGUCAUCAGCAGGAAAUGGCCGGUUUUCUACCACUCUCUACCAGACCAACAACUUCGACAAGUACGAUCAGAUCUACUUUGGCUACAUUGAAGCCAGCUCCGCCGGUGGGUUCCGCCCCAGCGUCACUCUCAGGCCACUUGAAGGACAGACGCUCGACAACCUGACUGUUGUGGCUCAGCGGGUCGGCUUCUCGCUCGUGAAUUCGACUGGCGGACUCAACGGCUUGUUCGACUACGAUCCAUCCGCCUCAUCGUUCGACAAGAACGACUUUAGCAGCUCCGCCAUCAACCAGUUGGGCGCAAGCUUUUCUACCGAGUCUGCAGUGACAAGCCUCAAGACCGUCGGCGAUGUGGUGAUUGUCGGAGGCAAUUUCACAUCGGCGGAUGGCAGGAAUGUUGUGGGCAUCAACAUUGCCAAUCAGAAGGUCCAGCCGCUCGACGGAGGACUCAAUGGCGAGGUCAUGGCCAUGCAUCUGGAAGGCUCUCAACUGUAUGUUGGCGGCGAGUUCUCGAACACACUCGACAACAGCAUCACGGGUCUCAACAAUGUCGGUGUUUACGCCUCGGACAACGACACGUGGACUGCUCUGGGAGCUGGCGUCAACGGAAAGGUCAUCCAUGUGGUUCCCAUGCUGCUCAACUCUACCAGUGAUGAAGCCGAGACCGUCAUUUCCUUCACUGGUAGCUUUGACCAAAUCAACGAGUUCGGCGACAACACGGCCGUAUCCGUGUCUGGUUUCGCAAUCUGGGUGCCGUCGCAGAACAACUGGCUCCAGAACCUCGAGGGCGUCUUCCCCGCCUACAGUGGUGUCCUGACUGCUGCAGCCCUCGAUGUGCCCGACAGCGUACCCCUGUUCGCAGGCUCCAUGAGCUCGGCCACUCUGAGCGCCAACGGCGCCGUUACCCUCUCUGAAAGGCUUGGCCAAUUCCCCGUCAGAAUUCAGCAACCGAGUUCGAGGUCCUCGGCGGUCCAGCGCCGCGAUAUCUUGUCGAGUGGUUCACAGGUCAAUGGCGUUGUGACCGGAGCCUUCUACAACCAGGAUGAUCGGAACGUCACAGUUCUCGCCGGCCACUUCACCGCAACCAGCGGCGGCUCAACCCUUCAGAAUCUGGUAUUCAUCAACGGCUCCGACAACAACGCGGUGCGCGGCAUCGACUCGGGCGUCUCUGAGAACUCCACUUUUGUUGCGGUUGCCAUUGUCGGCGACACUCUUUUCGCCGGCGGCGACGUCAGCGGCAACAUCAACACGGACACCGUUCGAGGCCUACUCACUUACAACCUCGCUACGGCCAGCCAUGGCUCGCAACCCCCGGGUCUCAACGGAGGCAACGGCACCGUCUCGGCUAUCGAGGUUCGUCCAGAGACCGGAGAUGUCUAUGUCGGCGGCGCUUUUGAAUCCGCUGGCUCAUUCGACUGCCCCGGCGUGUGUUAUUAUAACACAGAUCGCUCGCAGUGGAAUCGACCCGGCACCGGUCUCGAGGGCAAUGUCAGUACAUUGCUGUGGGCGAGCGAGUCGCGCCUCAUCGUCGGUGGCGGCAUGCAACUCAACGAUACUCUGGUGUCGCUCGUCGAGUAUGACGCCGAUGACCAGACCUGGACUGCGUUCCCCGGCCAGAAUGACCUACCCGGGCCCGUCGAUGCCAUGACACGAGGUUCACAGAAAGGAGACCAGCUCUGGGUUGCAGGCACCUCCUCUAACGGAGGAUCAGUCUAUCUUAUGAAGUACGACGGGUCCGACUGGCACCGUGCUGGCGAGUCGCUGCUGCCAAGAACGGUCAUCCACAGCCUCCAGAUCUUCACUGUCACUUCUUCCCACGAGGGCACCGACACGCUUGAAGCGGACAAGGUUUUGAUGUUGACCGGCUCCAUCGGUAUCCCCGAUUUCGGCACAGCCUCUGCCGCCAUCUUCAACGGCACCGGCUUUGUACCUUAUGCCCUGACCACCAACAACGGCAACGGUGUCGGAACGAUCAGCAAGUUCUUCUCCCAAAACCAAGACUUCUUCAGCGACAAGGGUGGCAAGAUGGCCCUUGUCUUUGUUGUCUUGAUAGGUUUGGCUAUCGCACUCGGCCUCAUGUUCCUCCUUGUCAUUGCAGGCAUACUUCUCGAUCGUCUUCGCAAGAAGCGCGAGGGUUACACCCCGGCGCCCACGUCCAUGUACGACCGCGGGAGUGGCAUCCAGAGGAUACCGCCACACGAACUCCUCGAGUCCCUUGGCAAAGGGCGUCCCGGUGCGCCUCGUAUCUAA